UAUGUAUAUACCUAGUCGUAGCCGUUGUACCUGCUAUUCUACAUCGUUAAUAUUAUUAUUAUUGAUAAAUAAUUAAUAAUUAACAUUUAAUUAUACAAGUUUAAUGAUUGGUGGUCAUCCGUCUUAACUCUCGAGUUUUCACGUUUUGCGUUCAGCCCAUGACCGGUACCGGAAUUUGAACGUUAUACCUUAUACGUUUCGUGUUAUUCGUCGUAGUUUUCAGCCAAGAGGAGACGUCACGUGCGCAUAAGACCGGUCUCUCCAGCCUCACUCGACAUUCGACAUGCACAAUCCUCUACUGAUUAAACAUUGAAACGUGAAACAAUCUAAUAAAAUGGAUUUUUUAAACAAUCUUGAAGGAAUAGUUACUAAGAACGGGGACAUGGUAACAUUUAUAGCAGAAGAUUUGGAAAGCAAACUUAAACAGACCAGCCCAACAGUGCCUAACAGACCUUUAGGAAGAUUUGUUUUAGAUGCCAAUUUACUAAAUGAUCUAGAGUUUGAAGCUAGAAACAUUGCAGCAUCUGUAGAUACAUUAUCUGAAUCUCUCUCAGGAGUUUUACAUAGUAUGUCUGCAUUAACUGUUGACUGUUUGGAAAUAUACAGGGAUGUGGUUUGUAAAACAUGCGAUUCAAUUGAUGCCAAUAUUAAAUCUAUGUAUCAAUUAAUGGCUAAAUGUGAAGAAGUCUCAAGAGAAAUGGAACCUAUAUAUAAAUUGGCUCAACAAGUUAAAGAUAUAAAACAUAUUUUAGAUUUAUUUGAGAAUGCAGUAAAUUAAUUUCAUUUAUAAAAUGAGUCAUUAAAUUUCUUCUAAC